CCAGUGGGGUCCUAUAUUGGGCGGGGUCAGGAACGGGAAAAUGGUGCGAGUCGGAGAAGUGCAUCAACUGCUGCCGAAAGUGGGUGCGGACGUCGCCCAUGUUCGUUGACUGCAGCAAUGGAUUACGGUGUCAAGUGGAGGAGUGGCCGCCGCAAGUGGAUGCGCGCCACGGCCAAUUACCCGCUUAUCGUGGAAGUGCGAGGAGAAGAUGAAGUGCUUCAAUGUGGCCAAGCGCUCGCAGCUAUCGACGGAGGACUGGCUGUGGAUUUUCGAUGCAUCUACCGCCCGACUGAGCCGGUUGCCCUGGCCAUAGUACGCGUAGCCCGCACGCAAGAGUACUUCGUGCCGCGUACGCGAACUGACGGAGCUCCCUACGAACAAGGGUUGAGCGAGCCAGUGGAGGUGCUGAUGCAGGACUGCAGCAGUCUGUUGGAGCCGUGGAUGUGGCAGCCGGCUGAAGUCGUCGUGUACGAUUGGGCGCACCGCCAGUUCGCCAUAGUGACCGUUCGCACGCGGGAUUCGAAUGGGAAUUGGACGGCGGUAAAAACAGUGGUCCGACAGGAUCGAAUCCGACGCCCAUCUACGAGUACGGAGGCAGCUGCACUGUUCCCGCAUGAAUUCCUGAACAUGGUUAGCGAGCAGUGUGGAGAGACAAUCAACGAGUAUUACCGACCUACUGUAUAUCGACCGUUGGCGAGCGAGAUCCAGCCUUUGCCACCCAGUGAAGUGGACGGCGAUGUCGGACUGUUGCCAUGCAACGUAGUUGCGGAAAUCAUGCAGAAUCUGCCCACCGUUGAUCAGUGCCGUCUGCGGGCGGUACGCGCCGGCUGGAACUACAUCCUCACCUCAGCCGAGGUCACCCAACUACUGCACAUUAAUUUUCCCACCGAUCGGGCACCUACGCCGGGAGGCAUUUACAUGGCUGUAGCCUGCGCACAGCGCUGUUGGAGCAAUCGGACGGUGGCAAUGGUUGGCCUGCCGCUGCCCGCACACCACGAAGCAGUGAAACUGCGCAACUUAUCGCUGAUUGAUGCGCACAUCCUGACCGCGGUCAUGCAAGGACGAUCCGAAAACUUCCCACAGCAUCUGUUGUUGCAAGAUAUUCAUGUCCAACAUACGCCGCAACGUGUUCAGGAGGAGGACUACAUUAACAGUCUGCGCGAUGUAUUCAACUCAUUGGCGGCGAUUUGUCAUACGCUGACCGUGAAGAACUUUACGUGUGAGGUAGACUCUUGGUUGGAUGGCUAUGUGCCGAUCACCAUCCACAUCGCUUUGGGACGGAUGAGCCACGGCCGGCGUCUCCAUAUUGAGGACUGGUGGGACAUGAUUGAGCAGGGAAUCCCAGUGCCCCUUCACCAGUGGCACGUGAUUGACAAUGUGAUCAGUUGUGGGCUAAGUGACCGUUCUGAGAAGAUAAUCCAGCACCGUCAGAGUGGCGAUCCCCGCUCGUCAACUUCCUAUCUGAAACCUUUCCCCGAUCCCACAGUAGGACAGCCGCUUCGAUAUGAGCCGGCAAAGUGCACUCGCAUGGUGCAGUUCCUCCUGUAUUGCGCCAAAUUGCGGAUUAAACCAACCUUCGAAGUGACCUGGCCCGCUUCUUAGUGACUUCCUAUAAAGUGCAGAAUAAUACUUGUGUUGUGUGCCGAGGAAAAAAUUGCUUAAGUUAUUUUUGGCAUUUUUUAUUUAAUGGAGAAUUUUUUAUUAAUUUAUUGUCCUGCUGUAGGUUAUCGGUCCGCCUUACGUUUACUUCUCCGCGCGUCGAUUACGAGAAUUUUAUUUAAUUUUACACGGUUUCCAUGCAUGUUAUGUUGCCCGUUCCAUUCAUUUCUGCAUCCAUGAGGCUUUGCUUGAUCUGAAAAAAUGGAAGUUUCUUUUGCCAAACUGGGCGGAUACCGAUUGAACGUCGUAACUUGGAACACAUGGCACCCUAGGGAAAGAAACUUCUCUUGCGUGUUAAUUUAUUUUGUGUUUUAUUUGAUUUUGUUAUUAUUAUUAUCCUGUCGGCACCCACAGUGCAGCGUGGAUUAGCAUCGGC